AUGGCCGCAGAGUUUGGGCCGAAAGUGGUGCUAAAAAGAACCACCAAGAUGUCUCUAAAUGAGCGCUUUUCUAGGAUGCUGGAGAACACACAGCCCAUGACAGUGACUAUUCGGGCUUCCCUGCGGGAGCAGCAGCGAGCCAGCGCCAGAGGCAGAAGACUGGCUCGGCAGAUGGAGAACAGACCCUCCUCCCAGGCCCCAGUAAGACUUGAUCAGCGCCUGGGUAAGAGGAGGAACAUCCAGGCGCCUUUAGGCCGACCCAGAGGCCCCCCGGACAGGGGAGCAAUUGGAGGACUAGGCCUACCCAAACACCAGAGAGGCUUUCCCCGAGGAGGAGGAAGACAACGUGGGGGCCGUGACACCAGAAGGCUGCCUAGGGGCUCUUGGUCGCUCCAAGGUCGAAGCCCUCUCCUCCGAGGUGAACAAGACUUAGCUGCCCCACCAAUGGACUCAAGAAGAGGUGCUCUUCCAGGUCGCGGAGGUCCCGGGAGAGGGGGCCUAGGGCGUGCAGCAGCUACGAGUCCUGGUGGAAACAGGGGAAGAGGUCUGCCUGUGAAAGGUCGGGGAAGAGGGAACUUUGGAGGCCGUGGUCGAGGCAGAGGUGCCCUCCCUCGCCCUAUACUGACCAAGGAGCAGCUGGACAAAGAACUGGAUGAGUACAUGGCCAAAGCUAAAGGACCCCUGGAUUCUGAGUCGGAUGUCGACAUGGAACAGACAGACCCUGAAACCCAUGACUGA